UCAUAGUUUGGCUGGAGUGAACGCGGCCUUGUUAUUGUGGCUGAGGGUGACAGAUGCUAAAGGUGCGAGAAGAAACAUAAACGUAAUCAGUGGUCACCUUUUCCCGCCUUAUUUAAGGACUUAUAGUCCCAGAAAACAAGGAUACAGUAGACAAGAGCGGGAAAAGCAAAGGAAACAAGAUCGCAAGUGCCAAGUGCCAUGAAGAUAGCACGGACGCUCUUUGGCCCUCGUGCCCCAGAUGGCUACUCCGAUGGCACAACUCAGGUCCAUGUCGACACAGCUGUGGACGAGGAUGAGAAUGAUGAGGUGUUCCUCCCUGAUGCUCCAGAAGGGCUAACGACAGGCAUCAGCAUCGGCAGGAGUUGUGGUGGGGUGACGGAGCCCUGCAUUGGGGGUCCCUUCUCGGCCAUAACCCCCUCCAUGUGGCCCCAGGACAUUCUCCUCAAGCUCUCGCAGCAGGACCAGCAUAUUGAUCCCAACCAUCAGCCAGAUUAUCGGUUUGAUGAAUUUGGCUUCCGUGUAGAGGAGGAGGAUGGCCCUGAGCAGAGCAGUAAAAAGCUGCUAAGUCAACCCUUUGUUGAGGAUCCCCAGCACAGAUUGCAGUGGAUAGCAUACCUAGAAUUCAGCCACAGUGAUGAGGUCGGGGAGUUAACAUGGGACCACGUUGAUGUGCGACUCCCAAGGACAGAUAAGUUGAGGGGGAUGGUCAAGAAUGGGGUCCCUCACUCCUUACGACCGCAGUUGUGGCUGAGACUGUCUGGUGCUCUUCAGAAGCAGCAGCAGUCAGACAUAUCCUAUCGAGAUGUCGUGAAAGCAUCAAGCAAUGAUGCCCUCAUGACUAGUAAACAAAUAGAAAAGGACCUCCUGCGCACUAUGCCCACCAAUGCAUGCUUCUCACAACUCACCUCCACAGGCAUUCCACGACUGCGGCGGGUUUUGAGGGCUCUUGCCUGGCUCUACCCUGAUAUUGGGUAUUGCCAAGGUACGGGGAUGAUUGCUGCAUCUCUACUGCUUUUCUUAGAAGAGGAGGAAGCUUUCUGGGUAAUGUGUACUAUAGUGGAGGAUCUGCUGCCUGCAUCCUACUACUCCUCCACUCUGCUGGGUGUACAGGCAGAUCAACGUGUGUUGGCUGCCCUGGUGGCUACCUAUCUGCCUGGAGUGGAGUCUGUAGUACGAGAACACGACAUUGAACUCUCUCUCAUCACCUUGCAUUGGUACGUGACCCUUUUUGCCUCAGUGCUUCACAUGAAGAUCCUCCUGAGGGUGUGGGACCUAUUCUUCCUGGAUGGAUCCAUUGUGCUGUUUGAGGUCACUCUAGCCAUGCUGAAGAUUAAAGAGGCAGAGCUCCGUAGCCUUGAGAAUUCAGCACAGAUAUUCAAUGCACUGUCAGAUAUUCCUGGGGAUAUUGAUGAUGUUGAUUGCUUGUUUAAGGUCAUGGAUAGUGUAUGUGGGAGCUUAACUGAUGUAAUGGUUGAGACCCACCGCCGACGUCACCUUGCAUAUCUUAUGGCUGAUCAUGGUGCGCUUAUCAACCCAGAUCACUCUACAAACCUCCCCAAGCAACAGCUAAAUAGACGACAAGUUAGCAAGAGUAAAUCCAUGCUGGAGCUGAUAUUAUUUGGUGAAGACUGUAGCAGUAAUGACCUUCGUAACAAAAAUAUCCGCCAGACUGAGUUGCUUGUAGAUCUGCGUGAGGCAAUUCUACAAGUAGGGAGGCACUUCCAGAGUGUUGAGCCAGCCUUCAGUUCCGUGUCCCUCACCCCAGACUAUUCUUUGGAGUCUCAUGCACAUGACUUACCUGAGUUUUUAGCAACAGCAAGAUCCAGACACAGAAGAGCCAAGGCAUUACUGGAUUUUGAACGACAUGAUGAUGAUGAGUUGGGUUUCCGUAAGAACGACAUCAUUACUAUUAUAUCCCAGCGUGAUGAGCACUGCUGGAUAGGAGAACUGAAUGGAUUAAGAGGCUGGUUUCCUGCAAAGUUUGUAGAAGUGUUGGAUGAGCGUAGCAAGGAAUACAGCAGAGCAGGUGAUGAUGCUAUUAAUGCUAUUGUAACUGAUCUUGUGCGUGGGACUCUGUGCCCAGCCAUUAAGGCGAUAUUGCAACAUGGAAUGCAGCGCACAUCUCUCUUAGGAGGCCCUUGUCAUCCCUGGCUGUUUAUCGAAGAAGCUGCGGCAAGGGAAGUAGAGAGAGAUUUCUCCUCGGUUUACUCACGCUUAGUGCUGUGCCGGACUUUCAGGCUUGAUGAAGAUGGCAAGGUCCUCACUCCAGAAGAGUUGCUCUAUCGAUGUGUGCAAGCAAUUAAUGUAAGCCACGAUGCAGUCCAUGCACAAAUGGAUGUUAAACUACGGUCCUUGGUCUGCUUAGGACUCAAUGAACAGGUGUUGCAUCUCUGGCUGGAGGUCCUCUGUUCGAGUGCUGAUGUUGUAGAAAGAUGGUAUCAGCCAUGGUCUUUCCUAAAGUCCCCUGGCUGGGUGCAGAUCAAGUGUGAGCUGCGAGUGCUUGCGCAGUUCCCUUUCACCCUGAACCCAGACUGGGAACUACCACCUCCCCCCAACCAGGAUCAGAGGCCUCUGCGAGAGGGCGUGCGGGACAUGCUCGUCAAACACCAUCUCUUUUCUUGGGACCUGUAGCAUUGGUAGUUCUUUUUUUUUAAACUGACUUUAAAAGUCGAUUUGGAGUUUAGAAGUAUUUUUGUAGUCUGAUUACAUUUUAAAGAAAUGAAAUGCCAUUCUAUGAAAUGAUAUGUCAUAUUACAAAUUACAUACCACAUUUUUUUCCCUUUUUUUCAAGAUUCUCAUAAACCAUGAUUGUUGCAUUGAACAACUACUUGUAAAAAAGUAAUAUCUGAUAAGGUGGAGGCAAAUUUUCUUUUUAUUCUUUGCAGUGUUUGAUUCAACUCCCUUUUCCUUUAGACAGUAUAAAGGAAACUGCUUUAAUUACUUUUCAUUUCUCAUCCUUGUUAGUAGAAGAUUAAUAUUGUUAUUAUAUUUUUUUCUAUACAGCUGCACAGUAUUAUAUGGUAGAACACUCAUAACCUCAGAUUAUCUCUAAGACUCCUUGUACAGUUUUAAUCUUAAGUGUACACAUCAUCAAGCAUUCUUAGUGUACAUCAGACAUUUAGAUGCCAUGCCAUAUGCUGAAGAAAUAUAGUAAUUUACUCUUUACUGAUAUAAAUGUUAUCUCUUUCUUGAUAUUUAUUGAAAGAUUUAGUUUCAUAUAUUAGCUACUCACAUAAUGCAGGGGAAUUAAUGUGCAUCUCCUUGUGGGUGAGAAUAUGUCUGAACACUUGUCUCGCUUGUGGGCAAACUUAGAGAUAAAGGAGCUCCAGCAUCAGUUUGGAAUCUUCAUAAUUCUAACUCUUUUUGAGCUGAUUAUUUUACUUGAAGGAACACACAUUUUUAAUAUUUUCAUCCAUUUGGACAUUUUUAGAAAUAGAAAUCUCUUUCGUUUAAUCAUUUGUAAAGCAUUAUAGAUCCUGAGAGUUAUGUGGAUUAUGAUGCCAGAAAAGGGGUUUCAAAGGGAAUGUAGAAGCACCCUCUAACUCACUGGUUCUAGUUAUCACUUAUUGUAUUCAUAUUUGUGAUGAUCACAUGCACACAAAAUCAUUUGUUAUUGCUCUAUUUGCAUUACCCAUGGAUAAUGAGAUUCCUAUUUUUUGAAGCGCAUUUAUUUAAAACCGUUCUCAUUGCAAGUAAAUUCAUGUCUGCACUGGCUGCUCUGGGAAACCCUUUUUGAAUUUUUUUUUUUUUUCUUUUUAUGAUUAUUUUUCAAUACAGUAUUGUUUAUCCAUUGAGUAAUUGCAUGUCUCAUUCCAUAUUAAAAGUGACUGUUUAUGAUUAGAUUGAAAGUUUAGAAAUACCUUUCAUUUAAGUUCAAGCUUUAUUUUAUUAACAUGCACAGUUUUUCAUUUCUUUAUUCCUGGAACAUUUAUAUGGUGUGCAAGGGGCAGUCAUUAUAGUACUUUUAUUUAUUUGUUUAUUUAUUUAUUUAUUUAUUUUUUAUUUUAUUAUUAUUAUUUUUUUGACUUCACAAGUGCCUUUAUCUGCUUCUUGGUCCAGAAAGUUAAUGAGCAGAUUGAGUAUGAAUGGAACAGGAAUAUUUUAUGUGAUUGGUCAGAUGAAUAAUGAAAUUACU